AAUAUUACGGUAAUGACAAAAGUAACUUACUUUUGAAUUAAAAAGUUGUUAAAAUUUGCUACAUUAAAAGUUUUUUUCUUAUUUUGAAAAUGAAAACUUUUACUGCUACAGUUUUUGAAAAUCUCAUUGCUCACUGAUUUAAAAGUUUUUACUUUUAAUUCGACUGUAAAAUUUCUUUCAUUUUGACGUUCUCGUGUAACCGUGUACGCCUAAGUCGCAAAUGUAAACAAACACUUUGGUGGGUACGGUGGUGCUGGUGAGUCUAGGACGCAAAGCAAAGCCGACCGCGGCAGCAGCCAGGACUCGGACGCGGAAACCUUCGUGAGCCAAACAGCAGCAGCGGAACGCCUUCGAAGGAGGGUGGUGCAGGAGCGGGACGAGGUCGAGUGCUCGAAAAGGACAAGGCCAGCUUCCUGCAGGAACGGCAGCUGUUCCACGGCCGGAAUGCGAUGAGAGGUAGGAAUGUGGUUUCGCACCGGUUGUAUUGGGUGGUGGUGGCCCGGGAUUGGUGGUUGAAGGUCAAUUCGCGUGAGGACUGGGGCGAGAUCAUCGAGGAGAUGGCGCUGCCGAAGCGUUGCGUGAACAACGAGAUUGCGUUGAAGAAGAUUAACUUCCGGUUUUUGGACAAGUACGCGAAAGUUUAUUUUCACGAUGGGCCUCCGACGAAGAGGAGGACGACGAAAAGCUACAAAAUCGGAGGUGGUCAGCGCAGAUGUUGCACUCGGUGCCGGCGAUUUACAGCACCGCAACUUCCCGCCCACAAACACUCCGUUCCGAGGGCCUCAUCAACUCCAUGUUCCGGAUGCGCUUCCAGGAUCGGGAACUCCCCGUUCAGGCACUUUACUUCCCAGCCGGGAAACGUCGACCACCCUUCCCGAAUCAAUGGCCAACUCCUCCAAGACUGUCCUGAUUGAGGCCGGAAACGUGACCAUCGUGUUACACUGCUGUCGCGCGUCGAAGCCUCCAUCCGGAACCGUCCAGCCUGGGGUAUUCGGAAGUGACCGGUGGCGUACCGUAUGAAUCGGUACAGCUUGGACUCGGAUAUUGGCCUACCAUGAGCUGAAGCUAGUGGAGAAGCGUUAAAUACAAUAAAAAAUGUUUUUUUUUAACAUACAGUUUAAUUUUUUUUAAAUAAAUGUAAAAAAAACCAAGCACAUUUUUCUGAAAUUAUCCCUGUAGUGCUAAAUGUUGUGUAUUCUUGCCAUAAAAGGUUUCUUUUCCAAUUGAAAGUAAAAUACUUUUACCAAUACAACGAUUUUGUUCCAUAAAUGCAUAGUAGUAUCAAAAACUUUCCAACUUUUAAAUUGAAAAGUUUGAACUUUCUACGAAUAUUCACCAACGCGAACUUUUAAUCCAACGAACGAUCUUUUUAAAUUUAGAGUAAUUUUUCUUUGUGU